AUGGCGACUCAUAAAGAAAUUAUGGAAGAUGGCGGUUUUACAGUUGUAAAUAAAGGAUUUAGAUAUCGGGACGGUAAUUUACUUCGAAUAAGGUAAUUUUGAUAUUCGAAUCCAUAUACAGCUUCAGUUUCUAGAGAUAUCGAUGCACUGCAAAGUCUCGAGGUCUCUGAAUCUGCAGAGAAAGCAGAUGCGGAGAUGAAAUGGGCCCAUUGUAUGAUUGACAGAUGUUUGCAAACUGAUUUGUACGUAUUUUUAAUCAUUCCGUAUUAUGGUUUAGUGAGUGUCUUAUGAAGAUUCUUCGACUUGCUAUUGGAGAUACACCCGUCGCAAGUAUGAGGGCGAUUGGAAUUGGGAACUUCAGUAUUUCAAAAUCGGACUCGGCUAUUCAAAUGGCAGUUUUUGAGAGAAUAAGAAGGAUGUUAAACAUUUCGUCCUGUUUCUAUCAAGAAGUGCGAAUAUCUCAGGGAGAGAAGAAGUAUUUGGAACAAAAGAGGAUUAAUGUUUUGCCUGCUGACAAUCUGAAACACAUUCCGCCGAUUUUAUUAAGACGGUCAGAGAGCCGUUUGAACGGGAAACACAUUGUUUAUAUGAUACAUUUCGAUCAUUACGGGUUUAAUAAUGUCUUUGAAAGUUUUUCCGAAGCGGGUAUGUUGAGGAGUUUGAUUUGUAUCGGUAACGCAAUUCCGAUUGAUCUUAAAAGUGCAAUGAAUUCUCAGCUCUUUGAUAUGAAAUGUGUUCCGUUACAUUUCCGCGGAGCAAGGUCCGGUGUUCCUGAAGCUCUGAAACAGUGGAAUAGGUCGUUUGCACAUACUUGUUUGUAUUAUUUUGAAUAAAAGGAAUAAAGUACACAGAUUGCAUGUUUAAAGUUUUACAUCUUCCUGAUACCUAUUAUACGUUACAGUUCAUGCUUAUUCAUGGUUUUAGUAUGUCGCUUAACCGUUUAUUGGCGACGAGGCGGUUUCUCACGCCGCUAAAACCAUGGGCUGCGGCAAUUCGGGGAUUUCCGGCAAGAGGCACGAAGCCGUUGCCAAGAUUAUUAUGGGAUGAGAGAGAUCUCAAGGAGAUCACAAACAAUGAGUAUACUCCUGAUCCUCUACGAGUGAGAAGAUUGGGAGGAAGAGACCCUGAAACAGGAAGAAAAGUAAAUCAACAUAUUGGUGGAGGAGUCAAGUUUGAUUAUUUUAUGAUUGAUGAACAUCGAAGAGGGCCGAACGAACCUGGUAAGACUUACGAUGAAAGGGUGAGUAUUCAAGUUUAUGUUAUUUAUUGUUUUAGGUGCUCGAGGUAAGAAGAGAUCCCAACAGAACAGCUCAUAUUGCAUUGGUUGCUGGAGCCAGGGGAAAACGAUGGAUCUUGGCCACGGAAAAUAUGAAAGCUGGCCAAAUCAUCUCCACAUCUUGUUAUAUCCCUGAGAAUCCUAUAAUUGGAAUUGAAGGAAAUGCUCAUCCAUUGGGUGCGUUAAGUGACGGAACCAUAGUAAAUUCGAUCGAGCGAUACCCUACGACGGACAGUCAAUUGUUCAUUACCAAUGCUGGUACAUCUGCCCAGGUCGUUCGACGCCAGGGUGAUUUUGUAGUAGUUAGGGUAAGAACAUUUGUAUUUUACAUCAUACUGUGGUUUAGAUGCCGAACAAACACGAGUUUUCUUUACACAAAACCUGUAUGGCUACAGUGGGACGAUUGUCGCACGGAGAUUGGCAAGAUAAAAUGUUUGGAUCUGCAAAUAUGCAUCGACGUUUCGGAUACAAGAUGUCCAGUGGAUUGUGGCAUAAAAAGGAUGGAUACUGUGGUAGGAAAGUCAGACCAUUGCCUCCUGUACGCCUUCUUGAUGAACCACCUCCGGCUGCCCUUCCCAAACAAAAGUUUUCGAUGACGAAAAGAGAACAAAGUGCACUAUUCGGGACCGCGGCCGUUCAUCCAUUGGUUUCGGGCACUCAAUUCAGAUUCUAG